AUGCUUCACCGAAGCCCAAGCCACUCAAGGCGCGACCGGACAGCGACACGAGAGCCUCUGCAGGUCGUCGUGCGCUUGCGACCUCUCUCUGGAACUGCUGCGGAGUCAGGCUCGACGUGGCGCAUUGAUCACCGGGAUGGCCAGCAGUGGGUUUGCCAUCAGCCGCCCCCGGGUGGUCCGGAGCCGGCGCGAUGCGCCAUGGGCGCAGCCUUCGCCUUUGACCUCUGCUUGGACGACAAGGCUUCGAACCGAGAGCUUUUCGACAAGGCGGCGAAGAAGUUGGUCCAGGCUGCAAUGUCAGGGUCCAAUGUCUCCAUCCUGGCGUAUGGGCAGACCAGCUCUGGCAAGACACACUCGGUCUUGGGUACCCCGUUCGAGCCCGGCCUCUUACCACUCUCAGUCGAGGAGAUUUUCGAGAACGAGGGCAUCCAGCGACGUGUAUGUCCGGCCAAACUCUCCUACUUCGAGAUCUUCAAUGAGAAGGUCAUCGACCUCCUGUGCCCGCAGACGGCUGCCAGUGCCACACCGUCCCUUCCGGUCAAGGAGGAUGCAGGCCGCGGCUUCUUCGUUCACGGCCUUCGCGAAGCUCCUGUGCGGAGCAGCGAGGACGUGCUUCGACUUGUAGCACGUGGCGAGGAGAGGAGGCGGUAUGCUCGGACGCGGUGGAAUGACUACAGCAGCCGUUCUCACGUGCUUUUUACGCUUUCAUUUGAAGAAGCGUCGCCUGAGGUCGCUGGCGUGAGGGCUUGCACCAAACUGAACAUCGUGGACCUGGCAGGAUGUGAGAAUCACAAGCAUGAAGCAUCCGAGGACGGCCGCCACAUCAAUCGCAGCCUCUUUUUCCUGGGUGAGGUGAUCUCGCGCCUCUGCAAAGAUGGACGGCGCCCACGGGAAGGAGGCCAUCGACGAUCUCCUUCCGGACCCGCUGACCUGCGAAAGGAUGCCGGUCCCAGCACACCACGACACGGAGGCUAUGCAGCACAGGGAGAAGGGCGAUCUCUGCCGGGGCCUCGCAGCCGAGAGCGGAGCACGGACUUCAUCCCCUACCGAGACUCCAAAUUGACGCGCGUCUUACGCUCUUCGCUUGGGGGCGAUGCCUUGACGAUGCUUCUGGUGACGGUACAUCCAGCCGUGACCUUUUCAGAGCAAUCUCUGACAUCGUUGAGAUUUGCAGCCAAGGCAAGGUGCGUGGAGAACUGCAUACCCUCCUACACGGAGGCUGCGCGCUAUGACGAGGAGAAGCCCUCCUUGGGGGCUCGACUCGUGGAGGGCUUCUCAGAGAGACAGCGUGCGCUCUCGAAUUCUGGCAUGCCACCAGGAGUGACCGAAGCUGUUGCUCAGCGCGGCCGAAGAGCCCAGGAUGGCCGCAGCGGAGAGCCGCCUGUGCAGCUCCAGAAGGAGCUGAGGCAGCUCAGGGCUGAGCUGGCGGAGAAAGAGCGGGAGCUGGCAACCAAGGCUCGGUUGCUCUCUGAACGCGAUCGCCAGCUUGGCCAGCUUCGAGAACAGCUGGACAUGGCCACCCGCGUCAAGGUAGAUGGGUUUCAGCGAGCCAGGCAUGGUGCCGACACCAGUGGUGGGCUUCCGGGUCAGUCCGUGGAUCCUUGGUCGCCUUUCGGAAGCUCUGAUGGCCUUUCCUUCGCUGGAGGCUACGGAAAAGACGAGGAUCGCUCCUCCGAGGGCAGUCAGGGCAGACUCUCGGCCGCUUCGAGGGCCGAAGACAUCCCUUGCCUUCGGCAUUCGAGCUUCGUGACGCGACAGCAAAACCUUGGGGCUGAGGAAGUGGAAGGUACGUACACGCGUGGUGGAGAGACGCAGGAGGAGCUAGUCGAGAAGCUGGUGAAGUUGGCUGUGAUGCAGAUCAAUACCAUCUCGAAGGCAGACGUGGGCGAUCCGCCUUCUCCACCCAGGCCGGACUAUGGGUGGCAGGAAGUCCGCGAAGAGCCGGAAGACAAGGUGCCGCCCAGCCUACUUCUUCCGGGCCUUCCGGUUCCCUCGAAUCCAGACGUCCAGGGGACGCCCAGAAAAUCGCGCAACGAUGAGGACGUUGAGAGCCCGUUGGGCCUUGUGGUAUCAAGCCCGCACAGGGAAGAAAUGGUCCCACAGCUUCCCGGUCAACGAGGCUGA